AUGGAGAGGAUUAUCAAGAAGGAAACAAACAUGCAGCACAUUCCAGCGCAAGCAUCCAAUGUGAGUAUUGGAUCGGGGUACGAAGGUAGGGAUGAAAAUGAAAAUCAGAAUGCCUUGGGAGAGAAUCCACCUGGAAGCAGUUCAUCAACAAUCAAGAAGAUACCUGGCCAAAUUCCUUAUCCUCUCUCUGUUGCUUUGGUUCUCUUUGGAUGCACUUUGGUAUUUUCAUUAAUUGCGUUUGUCAAGGGUGGACCUUCAUCACUAUUAGCUGCGAUCGCAAAGUCAGGCUUCACAGCUGCAUUCGCAUUAAUAUUUGUUUCUGAGAUCGGGGAUAAGACAUUCUUCAUUGCUGCACUAUUGGCCAUGCAAUACAAAAAGGGACUGGUUCUUUUAGGAUCAAUGGGUGCUCUUUCAUUAAUGACAAUCCUGUCUGUUGUGAUUGGAAAGAUAUUUCAGUCAGUACCUGCUCAGUUCCAGACUACCUUACCAAUUGGGGAAUAUGCUGCUGUGACUUUGCUUAUAUUCUUUGGUCUCAAAUCAAUAAAAGAUGCAUAUAUUCCGUCAAAUGUAGAUAAGAGUGGAGAGAAGAGCAGUCCUGAACUAGAUGAAUGUCAAGCUGAAGAGCUUGUAAAAGAAAAGGUCUCCAAACGGCUUUCAAAUCCUCUUGAGAUUGUCUGGAAGUCCUUCAGCCUCGUAUUCUUUGCUGAAUGGGGAGAUCGGUCAAUGCUUGCUACAAUAGCCCUCAGCAGCACAGUCCCCAUGGGGUGUUGGGUGAGUGGAGCUAUUGUUGGACACCUUGUGGCGACGUCUAUUGCGAUUCUUGGGGGUGCAUUUCUAGCCAACUACAUAUCUGAGAAGCUUGUUGGCUAUUUGGGUGGAGUGCUGUUUCUUGUUUGCAGUAGCGACAUUCUUUGAGUUUUCUA